GAAUUUCAGUUGUGUGGGAGCGAGAAGGCAAAUGUGAGCCUUCCUCUCUCGACUCCCACGAGUCGGUCCGAAAUUAAUUCGGUCAGCUUCGGAGAAUCGAGAAAGAGAGCAUGCGUCAAUUUGCCUUUGUCGACUUUCCGAAACUCUACGAUCUCACGUACACGUGAUCAAGGCACAGUGUGAUUGGUGCACCCGGCGUUCAAUCUGGCAUCUCCGAAUACAUUUGAAAAGUAAAACGGUUGGAAUCUUGUAUGAAAUUACGGGUAUAUGUUCACAAUGCUAUUAAGUGCUCAUUUAUUUAAAGCAUUAGCGGAAUAAUUUGGAACAGACAUGGAUCAAAAUAUAGAUGCACUUAUAGGGAAAAUAUUCUACAAUGUUCAGUUCUCUAGAACUUGUCAUAAAAGUAACAUGAAAAAGUUAAGGAAGUACUACGAGCAGUACGAACUGUCAGAUUUUUGGGCAUCUUUUGUGUCGUGCAUUAGAAUUCCACUUACUGUCGCACAGCACCAUCCACGAGUUGAAUGUACUCUUCAAUUUGUUGCCAAGUUUGCUGCCAGUUUAUUUAAUGUCACGAAUGAAGAGUCUGAGGAACCACUGUGUCCUUUCCUUAGUAAAUUAUUUGACUUUCUGUUGAGCCAUUGUUGUGUGAAAGAUCCAGCCGUACGAUUUCGUGUUUGUAAAUUUCUGAAUAUGUUACUGAACUCAAUGGGGGAUGAAACAUUCAUAGAUGAUGUACUUUGUGACAAAAUUAUUGCCUCCAUGACGGAUCGUUUGAAGGAUAAAUCGCCAAAAGUCAGGGCAGAGGCGAUAUACGCUUUGCAUAGACUUCAAGACCCUAUGGACGACAACUGUCGAGUUAUAAAACUGUACAUAUAUCAUGCUUCCAAGGACCCAGUGGCAGAAGUUCGCAAAGCAACAUUGAUGUGCAUGGGAAAAAAUCAAAAAACAUUGCAGGUAGCAUUAAGAAGAACAAGAGAUGUGAAUGAAAGAGUACGUAAAGCGGCGUAUGAAUUUAUCAGUAAGAUCACAGUUAGAUCUUUGACUAUCACACAGAGAGACCGGUUAUUAAAUGAUGGUUUAAAAGAUAGAUCUGAUCUGGUCAGGAAGUAUGUACAAAAUGUUAUGUUACCAUCAUGGUUGAGAUACUUCAAAGGGGAUUUAUUGAGUUUAGUGAGAGCCCUUGAUGCUGAAAUUGGUACAGAUGUAUCUGCUCUUUCUCUAGAAACUUUAUUUAAGAGCAGUGGGAUAAACAGUUUGAUAGAACAAUUACCAAUAAACAAAGAAACGAAAUUAAUUCCAGUAGAUAAGUUAAACAGCGAGAAUGUAUUGUAUUGGAAAUGUUUAAUAAAAUAUUUUUAUCAUGAAAAUCGUACAGACAAAUUGGAAGAAAUUAUACCCGAAUUAUCCAUAUUUUGCAAAUAUAUCUCCGACUUUCAAACAUCAAUACUCGAAAACCAAACGGAGAAAUGGGUUAAUUCUAUGCAUAAGUUUAUUCUCUUGCAGUUAUUUGAGAUAACAACAACGUACGAUUUGUCCGAUGAACUUGGCCGGAAAAAAUUGAACGAAUUAAUAUGCAAUACCUUGCUAGGUAACCACUGGUCUGAAAAGAUCAUCGAAUGUAUAGUAUCGCAUUUACAAUAUGUUAUACCAGAUGUAAAUAGUAGAGUAAAUAUUUUAUGUAACGUGAUCGGCGAUAUUAGAGCGCCUUUGACAGAACCUUCGCAAUUUGAACAAAAUCCUCAAAUUUCCAAAUACGAACAAGAAAAGAACGAUGUAGAUAUAGCAUCGCUCAAGGUGAAGUUGUUGGAAUUAAAACAAAUAGAGUAUCAGGCUAUACAAGACAAGGAGUUUUUGAAGGCGGACAGUUUACAGAAGGAAAUAAAUGAAUUAACCGAAGAAAUAAAAAUGUCUUCGGUAAAAGUUCCUCCUCCUUUGAUGAUCGUCGAACAAGAGAUCAAGGAAAAAGAUGAUCCGGAAACGAUGAUUAAAUGUCUAAGCAUAAUAUGUACUGCACUACAGUCCGUAACUUCGUUAACGCCGACUCUUAGAGAUUUGAUGAAAAUGGGUCUCGUCAGUUUAGAUUAUCCGAACGAUAACGUUUACAUGCUGGCAAUAAAAACGAUCAGUAUCUAUGGCAUAUUAGAUAAGGAACUUGCGAAGAAACAUAUGGUAAUAUUGCUUCUACAGUUUUCUCUGGAGCAAGAAAAUUCAAAAAUUUUGAUCACAGCUUUGAAGGGAAUCUUUGAUCUUCUAUCGUUAUACGGUCUCGAAUAUUUCGGGAACGUAGAAAGUCAGGAAGAAACCAUCGAUCAAAGUAAAAAAUCUCCGUCGUCGACACAGAGGUCUGAAACUGAGGGGAACAAUUGCAAUUUUAUUAAAAUUCUAACAGGAUUAUUAGACGACGCGAAUGAAGAAAUAAGAACGAUCGCCACCGAAGGUUUCUGCAAGUUGUUGAUUAAUCAACGAAUCAGUAGCGUCGGUUUAUUGUCGAGAUUAAUAAUUUUAUGCUUCAAUCCAGCGAAUGAUAGGGACUACUAUCUUCGACAGUGUUUAAGUACUUUCUUCGAUAACUUUUUAACACGCGUACCCCAGGCGCAAGAAAUGUUUGAAGAGGCGUACUUGCCGACAUUAAAAAUUUUGUACAACGCACCAGACACCAGUCCCUUGCAAGAAAUUGAUCCCUACGACGUGUCCAAAUUCAUACUGAGCAUGACCAGAAUCAGCCAUUCCAAAUUCGCAUCGAAAAAUUAUUACGCGCACAAUAAUCUUGUUUUCACCAUUUUUACGGAAGUGAUAAAUUCAAACAGCUGCAUCGACGAGGAAAUGCUCAUUAAAUCUUUACAGUAUUUGCAUCUGGAGAUAGACGACUCGUCGAAAAAAAAUAUACUGCUCGCUUUGGAUAAAGUUUUGGAAAUGGUGCAGCAAAGUUCCAAAACACAAGUACUGAAAUACAUUGACGCUUUUAAACGGAAAUUAAAAAUUCCAAACGUCGAGGAAGCACCAAAGGAUGAAAAGACCGACGACGACACCGACGAAUAG